CCUGGCGUCCCCUCCGAAGGCGGAAGCGCCGCUUCGUCUGUCGGGUCAGCCGACGGGCUGGCUGCGGGCCUCACCCGGCGCGGCCUCCUCCGAGCAGCCCGCCAUGGCGUCGGAGGGGCCGCGAGAGCCCAAAGGCGAGGGCAUCAAGUUAUCAGCAGAUGUCAAACCGUUUGUCCCUAAAUUUGCUGGGCUCAAUGUGGCAUGGUCAGAGUCCUCAGAAGCAUGCGUCUUCCCUAGCUGUGCAGCCACAUACUAUCCGUUUGUUCAGGAACCACCAGUGACAGAACGGAAAAUAUAUCCUGAAGAUAUGGCCUUUGGAGCUUCCACUUUUCCACCUCAGUAUUUAUCUUCUGAGAUAACUCUUCAUCCAUAUGCCUACUCUCCCUACACCCUGGACUCCACGCAAAGCGUCUGCUCAGUGCCUGGCUCCCAGUGUGCCUAUAACCAACCCAGUUGUUACCGAAGUUUUCAGACGGUGAAACCCCGGAAUGAGCACAUGUGCCCUCUCCCACAAGAAACGAAAGCUCUGUUGAAGAAAAAAACCUAUGAUGAGAAAAAAACGUACCAUGAGCAAAAGUUGGAUGGUAAAAGGGUGGAUGGAACUCUGUCAUCUGAGAGCAGCUCAGCUAAAGAGUCACGUCAUUUGUCUGUUCAUGCUGAGAAUACUUUGAAAUCAGAUGCUUAUCAUAAACGAACAGACAGGAAAUCCAGCAUCAUUGCAAAGGGUGGAUCUGCCUCUAAACCUGAGUUUGAAUUUACUAGGUUGGAUUUCCCUGAACUGCAGGGUCCAGAGAACAAUAAUAUGUCAGCAGUACAAAAGCAACCCAAGUGGGGACCUGUCUGCUCCACCUCGACGGACAUUUCUCUUCUAAGAGAAGUGGUAAAAUCAUCUACCUUGUUAUCAGAGGGUGAAAUGGUGGUGAAAAAUAAUCCAGAUGAAUGUGUGACUACUAAUGCUGCCUCCAGUUCCCCUUGUAUGAGAGAGUUAUCUUGGACACCAAUGGGUUAUGUUGUUCGGCAGACAUUAUCUACAGAACUGUCACCAGCCCCUAAAAAUGUUACUUCCACAAUAAACUUAAAGACCAUUGCUUCAUCAGCAGAUCCUAAAAAUGUUAGUUUAUCGUCCUCUGAAGUUUUAUCUUCGGAUCCUUCCUGCAACAAAGAGAAGCACAUUGUUCAUUCUGCAAAAAAGUCCAAAGCAUCACAAGGUAGCAACCUUGAACAAAAUGAAGCCUCAAGAAAGAAUAAGAAAAAGAAAGAAAAGUCUAAAUCAAAAUAUGAAAUCCUGACAGUUCAAGAGCCACCAAGGAUUGAAGAUGCUGAGGAGUUUCCCAACCUGGCAGUUGCAUCUGAAAGAAGAGACAGAGUAGAGUCACCGAAAUUUCAAUCUAAACAGCAGCCACAGGAUAAUUUUAAAAAUAGUGUAAAGAAGAGCCAGCUUCCAGUACAGCUGGAUUUAGGGGGGAUGCUGACAGCACUGGAGAAGCAGCAGCACUCCCAGCAUGCAAAACAGUCCUCCAAACCAGUGGUGUUCUCAGUUGGAGCGGUGCCAGUCCUUUCCAAAGAAGUCUCCUCAGGGGAGAGGGGCCGGCGCUUCAGUCAGCCGAAGACGCCGCACAACCCCUUGGACUCCAGUGCCCCUCUGAUGAAGAAAGGAAAGCAGAGGGAGGUCCCCAAGGCCAAGAAGCCAACCUCACUGAAGAAGAUUAUUUUGAAGGAACGGCAAGAGAGAAAGCAGCAGCGUCUCCAGGAUAAUGCUGUGAGCCCAGCUCUCACCAGCGACGAAGGGCAAGAUGGAGAAAGUGGUAGCAAUGACCAGGCCCCCGAGCAGGUGGACCCCUCAGGUUCAGCGGGGACGGAUGAAUUGGUCUCCUCCACUCCUGCGGUCGAGGGCAAGUCAGAAGAGCCACCAGGCGCAGAGCUCCAGAGGGAUGCGGAGGCCAGCCACCUUGCUCCCGACCAAGCUGCCUUCCCCAAGAUCCACAGCCGUAGAUUCAGGGAUUACUGCAGCCAGAUGCUUAGUAAGGAAGUGGACGCUUGUGUUACGGACCUGCUCAAAGAACUUGUCCGUUUCCAAGACCGUAUGUAUCAGAAAGAUCCAGUCAAGGCCAAGACCAAACGCCGACUUGUGUUGGGGCUGAGGGAAGUUCUCAAACACCUGAAGCUCAGAAAGUUGAAAUGUGUCAUCAUUUCUCCCAACUGUGAGAAGAUACAGUCGAAAGGUGGGCUGGACGACACAUUGCACACCAUUAUCGAUCACGCCUGUGAGCAGAACAUCCCGCUGGUGUUUGCCCUCAACCGCAAAGCUCUGGGGCGCAGUUUGAACAAAGCAGUCCCUGUCAGCGUGGUGGGGAUCUUCAGUUACGACGGGGCCCAGGACCAGUUCCACAAGAUGGUUGAGCUGACGAUGGCGGCCCGGCAGGCGUACAAGACCAUGCUGGAGAACGUGCAGCGGGAGCUGGCGGGCGAGCCUGGGCCUCAGGCCCCUUCCAGCCCCCCAACGCAGAGCCCCAGCUGCUCCGUAGAAGAUAGCCCCGCAGGCCCCGCUGAAAAAGAAGAACCACGCUACAUUGAAAUCUGGAGAAAACAUCUGGAAGCAUACAGUCGAUGUGCCCUGGAGCUAGAUGACUCCUUGGAGGCUUCUACCUCUCAAAUGAUGAACUUGAAUUUAUAGGGAGAGAGUUCUUUCCUGUGUGUCGGUGUUUUUUGGGUAAGGAGGGAGAGGUUUGAAAAAGACUUUGGGGCUUUUUCUUCUCAGUUCUUCAUUGACCUAAUGUAUUUUGUAUGACUCUUGAAUUUGGAAGUUAACCUGCAUGAAAGGGCACGUGAAGCAGCUUCUCAGGCCUUCAAGACUGUGGAGCCCACCCAUACCUACCGUGUGGUCGCUCAGAUACACCAGCAGCAACCUUGUCAUAAAAGCCUGGUGAUACAGCUGUGGCUUUCUGAGCACACUGUGGAUCUGGAAAAUACUGGAAAACAUGGUACUUAGAGUAUUUGGGCUGCUAAGGAAACUUCCUUUCCGUUGCAGAAUAGCUGAGCCGAGUGAGUUUGCAGAAAGCUGGUGCUAUGCUCCUGCCAGCGGGGGACAGGCCACGGGCACCAUUGCCUCCAGGGCAGGAGCACGGUCCUGCAGGAAGCCACCUGACAGAUGGCUAUAGGGACGCUGGCGUCAGAGCAAGAGGGCUGUGGGGAAAGGCUCUUUCUCAGGGGAUGUAGCUUUUCAGCUUCAAGAUUUGGGGAUACUUGGAGGAUUUGCUAAAAUGAGCCUCAGAGAAAAAUUUGGUUUUCUAACCUGUGACAUUUUGACAUGAAAUAUUCCUUUCGGUCUUUAUUUUUCAAAGAAACAAUGUGUAUUGAAGUUCCUAGAUUUCAGUUUAAUAAUCUACAAAUCUUUUCUUUCUUAAAUGCACAUAUUUUGAAUGUGAUUUCUGUCUUAGAGGACAGGAGGACAGAGUUGACUUUCAUAUUUUCCUUGAAAGUAAGAGGGCUUAUUUAUUUUGAAUAAAGAGUUAUUAUUUAAUUUUGUUUCGGACUCUGGUGA